AUGUUGCUCAAGAGCUCUGCCCUGUUGUCAGGUGCGUUGUGGGCUUCGUUCGCUGUUGCCCAGUUUCCGCCGAAGCCCGACAACGUCAAAACCGUGAAGUCGAAGUUCCAUCAAGGUAUCGAAAUCUCGUACAAGGAGGUUGAUCCCGCUGUCUGCGAGACCACCGAAGGAGUUCGCAGUUUCUCUGGAUAUGUUCACCUGCCGCCUCAUAGCAUCAACGAAACACAUGAGAGGCAGGACUAUCCUAUUAAUACCUUCUUCUGGUUCUUCGAGUCUCGCAAAGACCCACACAAGGCUCCUUUGUCAAUCUGGCUCAAUGGUGGACCCGGAGGUAGCUCCAUGAUGGGAGCUCUCUCCGAGAACGGCCCUUGCUUCGUCAACAACGAUAGCAACUCUACAUAUUUGAACCCUUGGUCAUGGAACAACGAAGUCAACAUUUUGUACAUCGACCAACCUGUCCAGGUCGGAUAUUCUUAUGAUGUCCCAACGAACGUGACUGUAGAUUUACUUGCCGACAACGAGGGUCCUAGUUCCAUCACGGUUACCGACUUCAGCUCCGGUGUUCCUGACCAGAAUGCUACUUUCCUGGUUGGUACCGCCAGUAGCCAAAACGUUUCUGCUACCGUCAACAGCACGCAGCACGCGGCUGUUGCUUUUUGGCACUUCGCUCAGACUUGGUUCGAAGAGUUCCCGCAGUACAAACCUCAUGACGAGAAGAUCUCUCUGUUCACGGAAUCGUACGGCGGUAGAUACGGUCCUACCUUUGUCAAGAAGUUCAUGACUCAGAACGAGUUGAUUGCCAAUGGAACCAUCUCAGGCCCUGGUACACACUACUUGCACCUUGACACUCUUGGCAUAAUCAAUGGAUGCAUUGAUUCUGAGGAUUCUGCUUCUGCAUACGUCGAGUUCCCUGUCGCCAACACCUACGGCAUCCAUGGAUUUACCGAGGAGCAGUACUACCAAGCCAAAUACAACUUCGUUCGUAAAGGUGGUCUGCGUGACCAAAUUCACGAAUGUCGUAGGUUGCAGCUUGAGACAGACCCCAACGAUUAUGGUGAUGUCGAAAACACAAACAACUACUGCAUGCAAGCUGCGGAGAAUCUUGCAAACCAAACUAUAAGCCACUAUAUGGAGAGCAAGAAGUUUGGUUGGUUUGACAUCACUCACCAAGGAAAUGAUCCCUUCCCCGGCCAAUACCUCGUCGGUUACUUGAACCAGCACUGGGUCCAGCAAGCUCUUGGUGUGCCUGUGAACUUCACUGCCGUUUCACCUACCGUCUAUGAGGCAUUCACGCGCACUGGCGACAUCUCCAAAGGUGGAUUGAUCGAGGACAUUGCGUACAUCUUGGACAAUGGCGUCAAGGUAGCAAUGAUGUACGGUGAUCGCGAUUAUGCCUGCAACUGGCUCGGCGGCGAAGCAUCUUCUCUUCACAUCCCCUGGGAGUCACAAGAAGCAUUCUCCAAAGCCGGAUACACUCCUCUUGUGCUGUCUCCUGUCCACUCGGGGGGUCUGGUUAGACAGUACGGUAACCUCAGUUUCACCAGAGUCUAUCAGGCUGGUCAUUUGGUACCCAGCUACCAGCCUCAAGCCGCAUAUGAGAUUUUCAUGCGUAGUCUGUUCAACAAGGAUGUUGCUACCGGCAGAGUCGCCGUGUCAGAUCAGUACAAGACCCAUGGAUCAAAGGAUGCGUGGACACCUAGUGAUGUUCUCCCUGCGCCCAAGAACGAAUGCUAUACUUUGAAUCCUGAAUCUUGUACCGAGGAGGAGCAAGAGUGGCUCAAGGAUGGCACCGCCAUCAUCAAGAAUUGGAUCCUUAUUGGCCAUGAGAAGAGUGGCAGAAAAAACGGAGAACAGCAGGUCUUGAGUGCAGAUGGCAUGUAUGAGCUUUAG